AUGAGUGUUUUGGCCCUUGCCGAGCUUGCUGGAACCUUCGAAGGAAUGAACCUAACUACUUACCACAAAACGGUGAUAGAGAUUCUUGGAAGGCUCUCUCACCCUAACCUUACCAAGCUCCUGGGAUUUUCGAGGAUGAAAAUUUAGCUCGUGUACGAGUUCAUGCCAAAGGGCAGCUUGAACAACCACUUAUUCAGAAAGGGCUCCACUGCUCAUCUUUCAUGGGAAGUACGCCUCAAGAUUGUGGUUGGGGCUGCCAGAGGCCUGGCUUUCUUGCACAGUUCUGAGAGGAAACUAAUACACAGGGAUUUCAAAACUUCAAAUAUUUGGCUAGAUGGGUCUUACACGGCCAAACUUGCAGACUUUGGAUUGGUGAAGUCUGUCAUGGGCCCAAUACACGGCAUGUCACAUGUUUCAGCACAGGUUAUAGGUACCCCUGGCUAUGCUGCCCCUGAAUACCUAGCUACGGGGCAUCUCUAUGUAACGAGUGGUGUUUACAGUUUUGGUGUCGUGUUGCUUGAGAUACUAACAGGCUUAAGUGCAAUUGAUCCAAGCCGUCCGGCACUGAAACUUGAUUUAGUGGAGUGGGCCAGACCAAUGUUAUGCAGUAAAGAAAACCUGAAGACUAUAAUGGACUCUAGAUUGGAGGACAAUUAUCCUAUAGAUUCUGCAUUCCAAGUAGUGCUGCUAACUUUCCAAGAGACUCCUCGCGAGCGACCUUCCAUUUCUGAAGUCGUGGAAGAACUGGAAUCAGUUGAAGCUGCCAGCGCUAAAAAAAAUGACAUGGGAUGCCUGAAUUCACUCAUUAUGUUGUCCGUACUUCGUGUCUUGUGA